AUGUUUGACUCGACGUGGGGACUUGAUGCAGUAGAAUACCAAAUUGAUUUUGUUCGUAUGCCGGUUCAAUAUUGAAAUAUCGUAAAUUAUUUUUACAAUUAACCUAGUGGUUACACCGUUACUAAAUUAUUGACACAAGUGUAUUUGUUACCUAUGAACAAAUAGUGGUAUUAGAGUGUGCUACCAGUGAAUAAGCUUAAAAUGACUUUAGUACUACUAAAUGCCCUCUUUUAUACUUUUUUACUCAAAAGUACUACGGGUUUGGGUGAAAUAAUUUAUGCCAUUAAUGCAGGGGGUCCUGCUCAUACAGAUAUAUAUGGAAUUCAUUACGAAAAAGAUCCUUUACAAGGAAGAAUCGGCACCGCAUCAAAUUAUGGAAAACAAUUGGUUAUGAUUGGACGUGUAAACCCUAAGGACGAAAUACUCUACCAAACUGAAAGGUACCACCAUAGUACUUUUGGUUACGACAUUCCCGCAAAUAAUGACGGAGAUUAUGUUUUGGUAUUAAAAUUCAGUGAAGUGUAUUUCAAUGCACCUAACAUGAAAGUAUUUGAUGUAGUAUUAAAUGGUGAUCAUACCAUAGUAGCAGAUUUAGAUAUUUAUGACAAGGUUGGCCGUGGUGUGGCUCAUGAUGAAUACAUACCGUAUUCAAUCAAAAAUGGUAAACUGUAUUAUAAUGAAGAGGAGUCAGACAUUAGAGGGGGUAAAAUUAAAGUGGAAUUUAUAAAAGGUUACAGAGAUAAUCCAAAAAUUAAUGCUUUAUAUGUGAUGAGAGGUACAAUAGAUGAAGUGCCUAAACUUCCACCAUUGGUAUGGCCUGAUAAUGAUUCAGAGGAACAGAGAGAAGAGAUAGAAGAACAAAGCACAAAGUCCCGGAGAGCAAGUGGGCCUAAACAGCCUGACCCAUAUUCCAUGGAUGACACAUCUGUGCUCAUCCCUGUGUUUAUUACUAUUGGUGCUUUCAUACCUCUGCUGUUCUGUCUAUGUAGACUAUAAGAUUAAAAGAUGCUUUCCAUGAUUUAUUUGUAUAUGUGUGUUUGUAUGCUAAAUAGUAUAUUCUUAUUUAUUGUGGGUAUUGAAUCUGAGAAAUUUUAUUGUACAUUCAAUAAAAAAUCCUGAAUAGAAAUAAUUCUAUAAUUCCUUAUUGUUAUAAUAUAGCAUAGUACAAAAUUUAAAAGUGAAAUAAUCUUGAGCCCGUCCCAUAUUGCACAUUAACACAUAUUGUGUAUUCAUGCCCUUUCCUCAGGCAAAUUUGUUGCUACAAAUAAAUAAUUUAAGUUGAUUAAA